CGGCCGGGCGGCCGGUGGCGGGGGCGUGUACAGCGGGACCCCGUGGAAGCGGAGGAACUACAACCAGGGAGUCGUGGGUCUGCAUGAAGAAAUCAGUGACUUUUAUGAGUACAUGUCUCCCAGGCCCGAGGAGGAGAAGAUGCGGAUGGAGGUGGUGAGCAGGAUCGAGAGUGUGAUUAAGGAGCUCUGGCCCAGUGCUGACGUCCAGAUAUUUGGAAGUUUUAAAACUGGCCUGUAUUUACCAACUAGUGACAUCGACCUUGUGGUGUUUGGGAAGUGGGAGAACCUGCCUCUCUGGACCCUGGAAGAAGCCCUUCGGAAACACAAAGUCGCCGAUGAGGAUUCUGUGAAAGUUCUAGACAAAGCAACGGUUCCUAUUAUUAAAUUAACAGAUUCUUUUACUGAAGUGAAAGUUGAUAUCAGCUUUAAUGUCCAGAAUGGCGUGAGAGCAGCGGACCUCAUUAAAGACUUUACCAAGAAAUAUCCCGUAUUGCCAUACUUGGUUUUAGUAUUGAAACAAUUCUUAUUACAGAGGGACCUUAAUGAAGUAUUUACAGGUGGAAUCGGCUCUUACAGUCUAUUUUUAAUGGCAGUCAGUUUCCUUCAGUUACAUCCCAGGGAAGAUGCUUGCAUCCCCAAUACAAACUAUGGUGUUCUCUUAAUAGAGUUUUUUGAAUUAUAUGGACGGCACUUCAAUUAUUUAAAGACUGGCAUCCGGAUAAAGGAUGGUGGUUCCUAUGUGGCCAAAGAUGAGGUUCAGAAAAAUAUGCUUGACGGCUACCGGCCUUCAAUGCUUUAUAUUGAAGAUCCUUUACAACCAGGUAAUGAUGUUGGAAGGAGUUCCUAUGGGGCUAUGCAGGUGAAACAGGCCUUUGAUUAUGCCUAUGUGGUAUUGAGUCAUGCUGUAUCACCAAUUGCAAAGUACUAUCCCAACAACGAAACAGAGAGCAUAUUAGGUAGAAUAAUUAGAGUGACGGAUGAAGUUGCCACAUAUAGAGAUUGGAUAUCAAAACAGUGGGGCUUGCAGAAUAGGUCUGAACCAUCAUGCAAUGGAAAUGGUGUUCCCUUGAUAGUAGAUACUCAGCAGUUAGAUAAGUGUAAUAAUAAUCUGUCUGAAGAAAAUGAAGCCCUUGGAAAAUGUAGAAGUAAAGCCUCGGAGUCUCUUAGUAAACACUCUUCAAACUCUUCAUCAGGUCCAGUGUCCUCCUCCUCUGCCACGCAGUCCAGCUCUAGUGAUGUGGAUUCUGAUGCAACGCCAUGCAAAACCCCCAAACAGCUGCUCUGCCGUCCACCCACUGGCAGCCGGAUAGGCUCACAGGAUGUCUCCUUGGAGGUCUCACAGGCAGCUGGAAAAGUGCAGAGCACCCAAACCACUAGCACACCCAACAGCACCAACAAAUCACAGCAUGGAUCAGCAAGGCUCUUCCGUUCUUCCAGCAAAGGAUUCCAAGCAUUGCCUUCAGUGUUAAGCAACGCAGAUGCCCAUGAGGUGCUGGAGGUCUGAGUGUCCAACUCUCCAUUCUUGUCUAGUUACCGCUGCAGAGGCAUUGAGGAGAUUGCCAGAAAGAGAUUUGAUACAAAUGCUUUAUGAAAUCUCGACAUUUCCUGAGGCCAUGUGACUGGGCACCAGUGAUGAAAACUGAGUGAAUGUCACACCUGGAAGCUUUCUUUUUUUUAAGCUCACAGUGUCUUCAAAGAUGUCCGUUGUUUACCUUGAAAGUUUAUAAAGUGCACUUGUAUGCAAACACAGCCCAUCCCACGGGGCAUAUUCACAGUCUGCAGUUCAAUAAAGACUGUGCUUUCCUUUAUCUUCA